UAUUCUUGUCAUGUCUCUUCUUCUCAGCCAGCUGUCGAGGCUUUGUCUUAGGAAACCUGCGUUGGUGAGAAGAUCAUGUUUUUAUCUUUUGAUAAUCUCUAAUGGCUUCUCAUCUUCCUUGCUUCAAACCGCUCCUGGUUUUGUCGUCCGCGCUAAUCCUUGUGGAGAGGGUCUCGGAAAACUUCUGUUUCUGAAGGAUACUGAGAGUUGGUUCACUCAUUUAGAAAAGAAGGUGCCUCUGGAGUUGGUGGAUAGAGAUGAAAUGGGGUCGGUCGGGUCAUGCAAUGGGUGGGUCGCUACUUUGAAGGACGACCGCGUAUUGCGUCUCCAAGAUGAUCUAAACCCGACAGCAUCGCAUACACACCCGAAACACAUUCCUCUGCCUCCUCUUGUGACUCUACCUCAUUGCCAAACCCAAAUCAUCACCAACGUGUCAAUGUCCUCAUCUUCUCCAGAGGAUGAAGACUGUGUAGUGGCUGUCAAGUUCUUGGGACCUCAGCUCAGCUUUUGCAGACCGGCUCAGAGUCAACCGGAGUGGAUCAACGUCAAGAUUGAAGACCCAUGUUUCUUCUCCUCACGUGUCAUGUUUUCCAAGAAAGAUGGCAAGUUUCGCAUUCCGGGGUCUGGAGGCAGCCUCAUUGGGUCAUGGGAUCUCAACAAACCCAAGAACAACCCCAAGAUUCAGAGGUUGCAGUAUCAAAACCUUCCCAAGCUCACAAAGAUCAAACGAGAGCUUCUGGAUGUGUGUUGUACGAGCGAACACUUGGUAGAGUCAAUAACCACCGGCGAGACUUUCUUGGUUAAGUGGUUCAGGAAGACCAGCAGGCGUCUUGCCCUAAUGAAAACGAAAGCUUUGAUGGUGUUCAAGAUAGACGAAGAAGGAAACGCUGUUUACACUCAAGACAUUGGAGAUCUCGUCAUUUACAUCUCAAAGUCUGAACCGUUCUGUGUUCCUGCUAGCUCCUUCCCUGGCCUGGUUCGAAACAGCGUUCGCAUAGUUGACGUCGACGAAGAUGGCACUAUCCGUCUGCAUGAUUCCUCCAUCGCUUCCAUUAAUAUUAGAUUCGGCGCCCCCUACUUUAUUCCUCCUCAAAAUAUAGACCAAGUUUAGAGUCUUCUCUUCUAUCAAUAAUUUAUGCCCAUUCAAGACGAACAUAUGUUACUCUAUGAUAUCUUUGGCAAGCAUUUUAUAUGAUCCAAACUUAUUUUUCA